GGGGUAUAAAGAGCAAACCACCGCCCCCCUUCGUUGGUGCAACUUUCCCCGGCACAUCCGACUCAGUCCGUCCGCUGCAGGCUGGAACUUGCCCGCUAAAAAAGCACGGACUGUGCUCCGCAGACAUGGCACCUGUCCUCCGAACGCUCGUCUUCAUCAUCGCCUCAGCGCUCGUGCAAACUGCGCGGGCGGCCCUCUUCAAUGACACUAUUUUCGCGGUGACUGUGAGCUCCCAGGUGAGAGGAGGGAAACAGGAGACCCUGUGUGCUCAGAUCCACGGCCCCGAGGAGCCCGUGACUCUGACCGUGGCCCUGGAGCUGGGCUCUGGCAGAACCGCCAUUCUGGAGGAGAAAGUCAGCGAGGACUUCUACCGCUGCCUGAACUUCCAGGUCCCUACCGUGCGCUUCAGUACUGUGGCAACCGUUAUUGUCACCAUUCAGGGUGCGAGCGCCUCGAUGAGCAAGAGGACCAAAAUCCUCAUCGAGCCUCCUGCUUUCAUCCACAUCAUCCAGACCGAUAAACCCAUCUACAAACCCGGACAGACGGUCCAGUUCCGAAUUGUCUCCAUGGACGCUAAUUUCAUCCCUGUGGAUCGAGUGUACAAAGUGGUGGAGCUCAAGGAUCCCAAUUCAAACCGCAUAGCCCAGUGGUUGGAUAAGACCGUUGUUAGCGGCAUCCUUGAUCUCUCCCACCCGAUGAUUCCUGAGGCGGUACAAGGAAGCUACGUGAUCGCCGCCUCGACAGACAAAGGAGAGCAAAUAUCCCACAACUUUGACAUCAAGGAAUACGUUUUGCCUAAGUAUGAAGUAACGGUUCAUCUACCCAGUGUGAUUACCAUCCUGGACCAAGAGGCAACACUAAAGAUUUGUGGAAAGUGAGUGUCCCACUUAAACGGGACAGACGGAGGUUUGAGAAUGAAGUUUAGGAUAGUAGCCAAUUAAGAAAGUCAAAAUGAAAAAUGUAAUUCUCCUCACUAAAGAAAUAAAAACCGUAAUGAUACUGCACCUCUUAGACAUAUUUUUCUAUUUUCUUAAAAGUGCGGCAACCUCGG